CUUGAAGGAAGAAGGAAAAGAAGGAGUUUCCGCGUCCCUGCCGGUCUGCCCGCCGCACAACGUAGCACUAUUUCCGAAAGUUGAAGGCUAUAGGCAAGGCAACGGCACGGUACCUGUUCACAGCUCUCUGCUUCUCGAUGCUCUUCGCGCCGGCCAUCCAGGAAUGCAAAGAGGAAUACCAUAGCCGGCGGCCCACUCACACGGCCUGCAGGCCUCCCAACAAGAACUGCACCAUCUGGAACAGGACGGUCACGGCGCGGGAAUGCCGCCUGAUCCUCGAGACUCACAACCACUAUCGCAGCAUGGUUUUUCUGGGCAACAUGUCGGGCUUUCCUCCAGCCGCCGACAUGAGGGAGCUCGAGUGGGACGAGGAGAUGGCGUCCGUGGCGCAGGCAAAGGCCGAGCAGUGCACCGACCCCAACGGUGACGCCUACCACGACCGGAUGGCCGACCGGUUCACAACCCGGUUCAACCGCACCGGGCAGAACCUCGCCUGGACGGGGAGGAACUUCCCGUUCAAGUCCAGGGACUGGGCGGGUCGCAUCAAGAGCUGGUUCGCUGAGUACGUCGACUACCCGCCGGCGAACGUCAGCUGCUUCAUGGCCGGUCGUCAAACGAUGGUGGGCCACUUCACCCAGGUCGUGUGGGCCAAGACCGGCCACGUUGGCUGCGGCUUCAUCGAGUACGGCAGCGUACUGCCGACCAACCUUACGAACAUGCAGUACUACGUGUGCAACUACGCCGUGACGGGAAACACGCGGAACGAGCCCGUGUACCGCGCCGGCAAGACGUGCUCCGCCUGCCCCAAUGGCACCGCAUUCGUCGUGGCCACGGGACUCUGCUCCAUCCCUAGGAGGCAGAAAGGAAAAGAUGGCGGCCGUGACGUCACCACCAGAGCGUCCGUAACUGGAAAGAAGGAAGACGGCGGCCCACUGCCGGAAGCAUAUGGCAACACCAAAGAAACGACUGGCGGGAAAAAACGAGAAGAAUAGGAAUGCCACGUCCAAGGGAAAUCGCGCCGGGAAUUCUGGCGUGUACCCAUUGUUACUCGCACUGAUUGCGCUAGUGGUUCUUUUGAGUUUGAUAUUUCUUUUAUUUAGAGCACGUAGAUUACCGGAAAUGCGCAAUAAGAAGGCCUCAUCGGCUAUUUCGGGGUCAAGGACGGACAGCAAUAAAAGUCAGACCUGAUUAAAGACAUGCA